AUGGGCACUCCCUUGGACCUAGCAACUGACAGCUUCCAGGAUACAGCACCAGACAUCUACGAGACCCCAGACUUGACAGAUGACAAUUCUACUAUUCCGACAGCUACCGGUUUCUCGCAAUCUGACAACGAGUUCGACGACGAUGACGAUGAUUCGGCGGGCAUCACUCGGUCGAGGCUGCGCGUGAACGAUGCACGGUCUCGUUUCCUUCCAUCCCAAGUCGACGCUCGAGAUGUAGACUUCUCGGACAGACUUAAUGGCAAGCGCAAGUCAUAUCGAACCUCCAGCCGCCGGCAACGGGUCCUGGAGGAUGGCACGCAGCAGAUCGGCGACUUGAGCGAUGAAGAGGAUGGAGAAGACCUGGAGCGCAAGAUUGCCCGCCUAAGGCGCGAAAUCGAGGAGGCCAAGGAAGAAUACAGUAAACAAAAGACCGAUGCGUCGCAGGCUCCCCCAGCUCAAGAGCAUGCCUUGACUUCAUUGAGCAAAGCACUAGACGAGAUGGUUGUGGUACCCAGGGUUACAGGGACAACCAAACCAGUACCGACCAGUACCGGUUCUAAGGAAACGGCACCAGCAACAGAUGUGACAGAUGGGGCCACCUAUACGGUCACAUACGCUCCGGAUUACGAGCAGAGUCAUGCUCUGGCAAAGGCCGCUGAUUUCGACCGCCGGCUCGCCCAGCUCGAGAAGGCCAUCGGUGUCACUGCAGCCUCCAUGCCGGGAUUGGAUGGAGAUCGACUCCCACGGGCUGUCGUGCCUACUCUUGAUCACCUACAGAAGCAACUAAACGUGCUCUCGGAUGCUUCUACGUCGUCGCUGGAUAGCAUCAGCCGACGAGUCCGAGAACUUACCAAGGAUGCUGAGCAGCUCGAAAAGUCACGAAAAGCUGCAAAGGCGGCGCAGGAGUCAUUGGAGGCUUCAGGCGUGCAGACGUCUGAACCAAGCGACGAACAAACAGCCAAGAUAAAUGCUCUGUACGGGACUCUACCGGCUAUUGAGAGUCUCGCGCCGCUGCUCCCACCGCUACUGGACCGCCUGCGCUCACUCAGGGCUAUACAUGCAGACGCGGCCACGGCGAGCGAGACGUUGGACCAGAUCGAGAGAACACAAAGCGAGAUGGCCGGAGAUAUCGCACAGUGGCGGGAGGGUCUGGCUAAGAUCGAAGGUGCCAUGAAGGAGGGGGACGAGUCUAUGACUGCUAACAUGAAAGUCAUCGAAGGCUGGGUCAAGGGCCUAGAAGCAAACAUGGCAAAGUUGUCAUGA